AUGAUCCAUGCAGAUGGCAUCACCAUCCGUCAACCCCAAGGUGAAGAUUUCAUCUUAGCUACAGGUGAAGCUUACAACGUGAGGCAAUUCGUGGAAAUCGCCUUCAAAACUGUCGGUAUCCGAAUUCACUGGUCUGGAAAAGACCUGACGGAGUACUUCCGUACUCUUGAAAAUGAGAAUCUGCUGGGAUCUCCGCACAGGGCUAAGAAGAUACUGGGCUGGGAGCGCACGUAUAGUUUUGAGAACCUUGUUGAAGAAAUGGUCCAGUCCGACAUCAAAGCCGUGAAGCAGGGUAAAUUAUUCGCAAACACGAACUUGGAUUGGCUAGUUGGGGAGAAUGACAAUGUUUCCGACAGCUCAGAGGGCUCUCCAGGAAGAAUUUAA